UUUCUCCGCGUCUAGUGUCUGAGGCUUCCGCGCCCGGGGCCCGGGAGAGGGUCAGAGGCUUCCGAGUGCAGACGAGAUCGCAGCGUGCGCCGUUGUCGGAAAUGGAAUCUAGUUUAUCAGACUACCGUAAUAAAGACAAUGAAGAAGAAAGUUUGCUUGCAAAUGUUGCUUCCUUAAGACAUGAACUGAAGAUAACAGAAUGGAAUUUGCAGAAUUUAGGGGAAGAGUUAUCCAGUGUUAGUCCAAGUGAAAAUUCCGAUUAUACUUCUAAUCCUUCAAGGUCUGAAAGGCUCAUUUUGGGAGAUCUUGUUCAUCCUAGCCUCCCUGGAGUUUUGAAUUACUCACCUUACAAAAAAGUUUGUAAAAUGUCUGGUAGCAGUACUGAUUUUCAAAAAAAGCCAAGAGAUAAGAUGUCUUUUUCAUCUUCUACCCCUGUGGAUCAGGAGAUUAAAAACCUUCGAGAGAAACUUAAUAAACUUAGGCAACAGAAUGCUUGUUUGAUUACACAGAAUCAUUCUUUAAUGACUAAAAUAGAAUCUAUCCACUUUCAAUUAACCCAGUCAAGAGCAAAAGUUUCUAUGCUUGAGUCUGCUCAACAGCAAGCAGCCAAUGUCCCAGUCUUAGAAGAACAGAUUAUAAAUUUGGAAGCGGAAGUUUCAGCCCAAGAUAAAGUUUUGAGAGAGGCAGAAGAUAAAUUAGAGCAGAGUCAGAAAAUGGUGAUUGAAAGGGAAAAGAGUUUGCAGGAGUCCAAGGAGGAAUGUAUAAAGUUGAAGGUGGACUUACUUGAACAAAGUAAACAAGGAAAAAGAGCUGAACGUCAAAGGAAUGAAGCACUAUAUAAUGCUGAAGAGCUGAGUAAAGCUUUCCAACAAUAUAAAGAAAAAGUAGCUGAAAAACUGGAAAAGGUUCAAGCUGAAGAAGAAAUAUUAGAGAAAAAUCUAAUUAACUGUGAAAAAGAAAAUAAAAGACUACAAGAAAAGUGUGGUCUAUAUAAAAGUGAAUUUGAAAUUCUGAAAGAGAAAUUAAGACAGUUAAAAGAAGAAAAUAACAAUGGAAAAGAAAAAUUAAGGAUCAUGGCAGUGAAAAAUUCGGAAGUCAUGGCACAAUUAACUGAAUCUAGACAAAGUGUUCUGAAGCUAGAAAGUGAGUUAGAAGACAAAGAUGAAAUACUUAGAGAAAGAUUUUCUCUAAUGAAUGAAAACCGAGAAUUAAAGUUCCGUGUUGCAACACAGAAUGAACGACUGGAUUUAUGUCAGCAAGAAAUUGAAAAUUCAAGGGUAGAACUGAGAAGUUUGGAAAAAAUUAUGUCCCAGUUGCCAUUAAAAAGAGAAAUAUUUGGUUUUAAAUCAUCUCUUUCUAAGCAUCAGAUGAGUAGUUUGUCAAACAAGGAAGACAAUUGCGUUUACUGCUGUGAGGCAAAUAAAUUGAUGAUUUCGGAAUUGAGGAUUAAGCUUGCAAUAAAAGAGGCAGAAAUUCAAAAGCUUCAUGCAAACCUGACUGCAAAUCAGUUAUCUCAGAGUCUUAUUGCUUGUACUGACAGCCAAGAAAGUGACAAAUUAAAUAAUUUAGAAGUAGAACCUGUAAAGCUCUGUGGUAAUCAAGUAGCAGAGAGUAUAAAAGAUCAAAGUCAACAUACUGUGAACAAGCAAUAUGAAAAAGAGAGGCAAAAACUUGCUACUGGAAUAGAAGAACUACGUACUAAGCUGAUGCAAAUAGAAGCUGAAAAUUCUGAUUUGAAGGUUAACAUGGCUCACAGAACUAGUCAGUUUCAGCUGAUUCAAGAGGAGCUGCUAGAAAAAGCUUCCAACUCCAGCAAACUAGAAAGUGAAAUGACAAAGAAAUGUUCUCAACUUUUAACUCUAGAAAAACAGCUGGAAGAAAAAAUAGUCGCUUAUUCCUCUAUUGCUGCAAAAAAUGCAGAACUGGAACAGGAGCUUAUGGAAAAGAAUGAAAAGAUAAGAAGUCUAGAAACCAAUAUCAAUACAGAGCAUGAGAAAAUUUGUUUAGCCUUUGAAAAAGCAAAGAAAAUUCAUCUUGAACAGCAUAAAGAAAUGGAAAAGCAGAUUGAAAGACUUGAAGCUGAACUAGAGAAAAAAGACCAACAAUUUAAAGAACAAGAAAAGACUAUGUCCAUGUUGCAACAAGAUAUAAUAUGUAAACAACAUCAUCUUGAAUCACUGGAUAGACUCUUGACGGAAAGCAAAAGGGAAAUGGAAAAGGAAAAUAUGAAGAAAGAUGAGGCUUUGAAAGCAUUACAGAACCAAGUAUCUGAAGAAACAAUCAAGGUCAGACAACUAGAUUCAGCAUUGGAAAUCUGUAAGGAAGAACUUGCCUUGCAUUUGAGUCAAUUGGAAGGAAAUAAGGAAAAGUUUGAAAAACAGCUAAAGAAGAAAUCUGAAGAGGUAUAUUGUUUACAGAAAGAGCUAAAGAUUAAAAACCACAGUUUUCAAGAGACCAGUGAGCAAAAUGUCAUUCUACAGCAUACUCUUCAGCAACAGCAGCAGAUGUUACAACAAGAGACAAUUAGAAAUGGAGAGCUAGAAGAUACUCAAACUAAACUUGAAAAACAGGUAUCAAAACUGGAACAAGAGCUUCAAAAACAAAGGGAAAGUUCAGCUGAAAAGUUGAGAAAAAUGGAGGAGAAAUGUGAAGCAGCCACACAUGAAGCAGACCUGAAAAGGCAAAAAGUUGUUGAGCUUAGUGGUACUGCCAGGCAAGUAAAACUUGAGAUGGAUCAGUACAAAGAAGAGCUGUCUAAAAUGGAAAAAGAAAUAAUGCACCUAAAACGAGAUGGAGAAAAUAAAGCAAUGCAUCUCUCUCAAUUAGAUAUGAUCUUAGAUCAAACAAGGACAGAACUAGAAAAAAAAACAAAUGCUGUGAAGGAGUUAGAAAAGUUACAGCACCACAAUGAAACUGAACUAACAGAAGCCUUACAGAAACGGGAAGCAUUAGAGACUGAACUACAAAAUGCUCAUGGAGAAUUAAAAAGUACUUUAAGACAACUUCAGGAAUUGAGAGAUGUGUUACAGAAGGCUCAGUUAUCAUUAGAGGAAAAAUACACUACUAUAAAGGAUCUCACAGCUGAACUUAGAGAAUGCAAGAUGGAUAUUGAAGACAAAAAGCAAGAACUCCUUGAAAUGGAUCAGGCACUUAAGGAGAGGAAUUGGGAGCUAAAGCAAAGAGCAGCUCAGGUUACACAUUUGGAUAUGACUAUUCGUGAGCACAGAGGAGAAAUGGAACAAAAAAUAAUUAAAUUAGAGGGUACUCUGGAGAAAUCAGAACUGGAGAUUAAAGAAUGUAACAAACAGAUAGAAAGUUUGAAUGAAAAAUUGCAAAAUGCCAAGGAACAGCUUCGAGAAAAAGAGUUUAUAGUGCUACAAAAUGAACAGGAGAUAAGUCAACUGAAGAAAGAAACUGAAAGAACACAACAAAGGAUGAAAGAAAUGGAAAGUGUUUUGAAAGAGCAGGAACAGUACAUUGCCACUCAGUACAAAGAGGCCAUAGAUUUGGGUCAAGAAUUGAGGGUGACCCAGGAGCAGAUGCAGAACUCUCGUACAGAGUUGGUGGAGGCUCAUCGUCAACAAGUUCAAGCACAGAGAGAAAUAGAAAGGCUCUCCAGUGAACUGGAGGAUAUAAAGCAACUCUCUAAAGAGAAAGAAGCUCGUGGAAACCAUUUAGCUGAAGAACUGGGGGCUUCUCAAGUACGUGAAGCUCAUUUAGAAGCAAGAAUGCAAGCAGAAAUCAAGAAAUUGUCUGCGGAAGUAGAUUCUCUCAAAGAAGCUUAUCACAUGGAGAUGAUUUCACAUCAAGAGAACCAUGCAAAGUGGAAGAUUUCUGCUGACUCUCAAAAGACUUCUGUUCAGCAACUAAAUGAACAGUUAGAGAAGGCAAAACUGGAAUUAGAAGAAGCUCAAGACACUGUAAGCAAUUUACAUCAACAAGUCCAAGACAGGAAUGAGGUAAUUGAAGCUGCAAACGAAGCAUUACUUAUUAAAGAAUCAGAAUUAACUAGAUUACAAGCCAAGUUUUCUGGACAUGAAAGGGCAGAAGACAUCAAGUUUCUACCAGCCUCAUUAGUACCUCCAACAGCAAUUCUGUCUGAUAGUCAAGAUCCAAAGUUUGUUGAACAUUCUCACACACCUUCUUUCAAAUGCAGAAAACUGCGUCGCUCUAUUAGUGCCAGUGACCUUAGUUUCAAAACUCAUGGUGAGGAAGAUCUUUCUGAAGAAUUACUACAGGACUUAAAGAAAAUGCAAUUGGGACAGUCUUCAACAUUAGAAGAAAGCCAUAAGGAUCUGACGUCUACCCAGUCAGAUUCGUUUAAACCUCUCACAUAUAACCUAGAAGAUGAUAGUUCUGAGUGUAAUGACUUUAGUACUCUUAGUGGAAUGUUAAGAUACAUAAACAAAGAAGUAAGACUAUUAAAAAAGUCUUCUAUGCAAACAGGUGCUGGUUUAACUCAGGGAGAAAAUAUGUGAUUAAAAGAAGACAUCAUGUGAUGAAAAAAUGGAAUUUUGGGGCUGGAAUUACUUGCAACCUAACUUCAACCAUGCAGAUGAGGGAAAUGCCAGAGGGUAUGGUGGAAAACACAGUAAAAGGAACCUGGGUGCCUACAUGACCUGGAGCACUCUCCUUGGACUAUUAC